AUGGCAACCUACAUACAGCUGAGUGGUGGGACGCGGAUGCCCCUCCUGGGCCUGGGCACCUGGAAGUCCCCAGCUGGGGAAGUAUCAGCUGCGGUGAUGGCUGCUAUCGAUGCUGGAUAUCGCCACUUUGACUGUGCCUAUGUGUACCAAAACGAGCAGGAGGUUGGGGAAGGGAUCCAGCAGAAAAUCAAGGAUGGUGUUGUGAAGCGAGAGGAUCUCUUUAUCGUCAGCAAGCUGUGGUGCACGUUCCACGAGAAGACUCUGGUGAAGGGAGCCUGCCAGAAGACUCUUGAUGCCCUGAAACUGGAUUACUUGGAUCUCUACCUCAUGCACUGGCCCAUGGGGUUGAAGGCAGGAGAGGAGCUGUUUCCAAGAGAUGACCAAGGCGUGCCUAUACCCAGCAACACAGAUAUUCUACAUACAUGGGAGGCCAUGGAAGAGCUGGUGGAUGCUGGCCUAGUCAAAGCCAUUGGAGUCUCCAACUUCAACCAUGAGCAGAUUGAAAGAAUCUUGAACAAGCCAGGACUGAAAUACAAGCCUGCAAAUAACCAGGUUGAAUGUAACCCAUACUUUACCCAGGAGAAGCUGAUCAAGUACUGCUCUUCCAAAGGAAUUGCUGUGACAGCAUACAGUCCUCUGGGCUCUCCAGACAGGCCUUGGGCUAAGCCAGAGGAUCCUUCCAUUCUGGAUGACCCCAAGAUUAAAGUGAUUGCAGACAAGUACAGCAAAACCCCAGCACAGAUUCUCCUUCGGUUUCAGAUCCAGAGAAAUGUGGUUGUGAUUCCCAAGUCUGUCACACCACAGCGUAUUGUGGAGAACUCCAAGGUAUUUGACUUUGAAUUGACUAAAGAGGAUAUGGAAACUAUUCUCAGCUUCAACAGAAACUGGAGAGCCUUUGCAAUGCACAUGUGCAAAACUCUCAAGGAGUACCCUUUCAACCUGGAAUAUUGA